UCUACAAACUUUUAUCAAUACACAAUCCUUAAUGAAUCCAAUCAGAAAAGUCAUACUAUUUCUCAGACGAAGUAAGUCCAGAGAGUCUAACUUAUGUACCAACGGGGGAUUAGUUCUAGAGGAGCUAAUUUCUUGUUUUGGUGGACGAUACAACGUUCCUAUGAGAUGCUUCACUACCAAAGAACUCAAGAGGGCACUUAGAAAUGUUUCUGGACAAGGCCGUCGAAUUUGUUUUUGCAAGAUGUUCACAGAGGUUCAAGUGAAAGAUCAUGGUGGAAGCCAAGGUGGACAUCUGGACCCUCAAUACAAGAUUUCAGGUCUUGUUACUGAGAAGACUGAUGUUUACAGCUUUGGCGUGCUAAUGCUCGCGCUCUUUACUGGAGAAACAGAUGCAAUGAGGUAUCGCGAAGGAACAAGAGAGCGAAUUCAUAUCCGGGAUUAUGUUAAAGACUUCCUUGUGACUCACCAAGUCAAAGAAAUUGCUGAUCCGAGAAUGUUGGAAGAUGAAGGGAACAAUAAGGAUGAGAUGGAGCAGCAGUUGCUCGAUUUUCUUGAUCUUGCUUUGAGAUGCACAGAAUAUGAGGGAAUGAAUAGGCCAGAUAUGAUUGAUGUUGCAAAAGAGCUGCGCCAGAUGGAGAAGUCUGUUCGCAAUACUUAGCCCUAGUGCUUUACCAACAUUACUGCUCUGUGUACUAGGUUCAGGGGUUUGAAUUAUGCUUUUUCCACUGAUAUAGAAAAGGCUAGUUUUUGGUAUUUGGCAAUUAAGGGG